CUCGCAGACGAAGGUGAUGCUAAUACGGAGCCAAGAUUUGAAUCACCGCUGUCGCUUUAAGGACUCUUGUCAAAGCCUCAUUAUGCCGCCGGAGAGCGCGGCCAGCCACUGAGCAACCAAGGGACGGAGCGGAGUGGAUUUGCGGGGAGGAAAAAAAAAGCUAACAUUAUCCCAAGCCGGAACGGACCGUGCGGAGUUUGGAUUUCCACGCCAGACAAGGCGGAGGGAAUACUGCGCACACGUCGAGUCGGAUUUAAAAGUCAACACAAGCGGGAUUAAUCAAGCGAGCUGUUUUUUUUUUUUAUUUUAUUUUAUUUUAUUUUUUUUGCGUGUGUGGACACCGGAUCAUGGAUCGUGGAGGUGACGCGACGUGAUUUGGAUCCGCUGCCUCGGCGUCCGUGUUGUCGGUACAAAAGUUACAAAGAUCGUCUAUUUUGCGGAGAUUUUUGCACCUGCGUCGUGUGCGCUUUUUUUUUUCUUUCACGUCCCCCCCAUCUCCCCCCCUCCUGUGGAUAUACUCGCGUAUCGUAAUGGAUAUUUCCACUCAAGGUCAUUGAGUGUUUUAAGACAUUUGUAGUCGGCGUGUUUGACUCUCCUCCCGACAUGGAUGGGAAACUGAAGCAGGGUCGGAGAUGUCGGCCCAAGCGGGAAAGAGUGCGGAGGUUGCAGGGGACGGCCGGGAGCGGAGACCCGGACUCCUUGUGCCCCGACAGGGAGGGACACUGCCCGGGGAGGGACGCCGCUAAAAAGACGCCGCGCCCCGCAUCGGCAGCCAGAGCCCCGCGCGCCCCGAGGCGGAAAAGACGGGAGUCCAGCGGCCAGGAAGAGGACAUCAUUGAUGGAUUUGCUAUUAGCAGUUUUAUCAGUCUGGACAGUCUGGAGGAGAAAACAGGACUUUUAAAGAUACAGGAGAAGAAGGAGCGGUGGAAGGAGAAAAAGUCCGUUCAACAGCCGAAGACGGAAGAUGAGGAGGUGGGGAAGAAAGAGGAGAACGUUCUGGAGCCUAUGAUGGAUCCAUUAGAGAAUGGAUUCUUUCAUCAUGCCCAGAGAGAGCAGGAGAGGAUGACCGAGAGGCUGCUGAAGAAAACAUAUUCCAAGAAGAACAAACUGAUCAAACCUUUGAUGGGUUUCCCGGUCAAAUUCUUCAAGGAUGAAACGGAGCUGGGUCCACCACACCGGAGCAACACCAAGGAGCAGGUGAGCCAGACUUCCACUCUGCCGCUGUCGGGCCGGGGCUACUCGGUGGCGCCGGCAGCAGUGACCCUCCUCAAGUGUGACGGCGGGAGUGACGUUGACGACAAGGUGUCUGAUGUAGGAUCACAGAGGCUCUUUUCUCACACCACACCCAAAGGUGUGCAAGCGAAUGCGAAUCCCGAGUCUAAGACUGCGAGUUCAGCCAAAGUGUCGGCGCUCCAUCGCAGUCAAGAGCAGAACAAGAGCGAGGUGCCAUUCGCGCCCCCGCUGCCCAGCCCCACCCCAGCCUCGGCACCGACGGGCUCCCCGGCCCCCGCUGCUGCAGCAGCGCCCCCGGAGCCUCCUCGAUCUUUCCUCCCGAGCCCGCCUCCUCUCGGCGUCAAGAGAGAGCUACAAGCUCCACCCCCUGUCCCUUCCCCCUCCCUGCUGAGGACACCGCCCCACCUCUUCUCUCCGCACCUGCACUCCCUGCAAGAACCCUGCGUCCAUCCGCCCCCUCAGCACCACGCCCGGCCCAUCAUCAGCCACCAGGUGCACCACCCGCUGCAGUACGGCCUCCACGAUAUCAGCCACCGAAGCAGUCCGCUUCUUCCUAAACAUCACCUGGGACCAUCUCCACACCACCCACUCAGCGGGCUGCCAUCCUCCGCCCCCGCCUUGCCUCUGUCCAUAGCCAACCUCUCUACCUCGCACUAUUCCUCCCUACGGAGCCCGGCACAUCGCCAUUCGGCCAUGUUUGCAACCCCGGCGACUCUGCCUCCACCGCCGACCUUACCUACCAACAGCUUAGUGGUCCCGGGGCACCCUGGGGGUACCCCCUACCCAGAGCAUGACCUCCUAAGGCAGGAGCUGAACAACCGUUUCCUGGUUCAGAGUUCAGAGCGGGGCCGGGGGCCGCCCGCCUCGCCGCUGGCCCCCGUGUCGCUCCUGAGGGCUGAGUUUCACCAACACCAGCACAUGCACCAGCACCAGCACCAACACACCCACCAGCACACCUUUACGCCCUUCCCCGCCGGUCUGCCCCCGGCCGCCGUCCUCUCCCCGCCCACCGCACCUCCCAUGGUGCGUACCCAGGCCAGAAAUUUCGACAAAUACACUCCCAAACUCGACAAUCCCUUCAUCAGACAUCAUUCAAAUUUCUUCCCCUCCUACCCCCCUACCAUGCCAGGCAUGCCCCCACUGCUCCCACACUCAGGACCCUUCAGCUCACUGCAAGGAGCCUUCCAGCCCAAGGCAUCCAAUCCCAUUGAUGUGGGAUCCCGGCCCGGAGCAGUUCCACACACCCUCCUUCAGAAGGAUCCUCGGAUAUCGGACCCAUUCAGGACAAGCGUGAGAAAACCUGGCAAGUGGUGUGCGGUGCAUGUCCAGAUCGCGUGGCAGAUCUACCACCACCAGCAGAAAAUGAAGCAAAUGCAGCUGGACCCCCACAAGCUGGACAUGAACGGGAAGCUGGACCUGUUCAGCCGUCCCCCAGCGCCGGGCGUCCUGCCGGGCUUCCCGUACCCUCACGACCUCGCACGACCGCUCUUCUCAACAGGCUCAGGCCAUCCAGCCCCCUCCCCAUAUGGACCCGCCCCCCACCCCAGUGGUUUCCUGCCUCCUAGCCAUUUGGCUGGUAAGUAUCCUUUCAGUCGCUCCAGUUCCUUUGGCGGCCUCGGCAACCUUUCAAGCAGUGCCUUCGGAGGAUUAGGCAACCCCUCGCUUGGGUCCAGCAGCAUGUUCGGCAGCAAGGAGGGUCCCGGAGGAGGACUGCCCCCCUUCGGCAGCCCGCAACACGACACCUGGAACAGGCUCCGACGCACGCCGCCGUCUUUCCCCACGCCGCCGCAGUGGCCCAAGAUUGCGGAGGCUGAGAGGAGCAGCUCCGUCAGUAGUCAUGAGCGAGAGAGGGAACGGGAGCGAGAGAAGAGAGACUCCUCCGUCGGGAAAGAGGAGAAGGAUAAAGACAGGGAUUCCGUGGAUCGCAACCGCCACUCCAACCGCUCGUCUCCGGCCUCCGCGCCGGUCAGCUACCAGAUCAGCAGCUUGAUCCGCUCCAACAGCCAGAGCAGUGACCCGGGGCGCCAUCACAGCGGCAGCGUGGAUCGGGUCCGCGAGGCGGAGAAAGAGCUCCUGGAACGCCACAGGGACUCCGACGUCAAGAUCAAGGAGAGCCGCUCGCCCGGCAAGGAGACGCUGGACCGGAGAUCUUCGGAGGACUCCCUCAAAGCGGCUCAACGUUCUCCGUCGCCGUACUCGCUGAAGGCGGCGAUCGCCGAGCAGAGUCUGAAGAUGGCGGGAGGGCCUCCGCCGACGCUGAAAGACGGCGAGAGGAAAGAGCCCCCGAAAAAUGACAUGAAGAUCAAGGAGGAGAAGAAGGAGGAGCAGGAGGUCAUGGUGGUGAGUUCCGAGCCCGCCACCCAUCCGCCUCCCCAGAUGCACUCCUUGCCCAUGGGCCAGGCGGGGAACCCGCACCACCACCACCCUCCCUUGUCCCAGCAGCCUCCUCUGCCGUCCCCACGCUGCAGCGACAUGCCCGCCCACGCUCUGCACGGCGUCCCCAUGGCGCACUCCCUCCCCCUGUCCAUGAGCGCCAUGCCUCAGAUGGGCAGCCUCAACGUCCUGGACCGGGCCCGCAUGGCUCCCUUCAUGGGCGUGAGUCCGCUGGCGGGCCGGGAGCGCCUCCCCCACCACGCCUUCCCCUGGGACCCCCUCAGAGAGGCCUACCGCAGCCUGGACCUGCAGCGCCGCAUGGACUUCCAGCUCCGGGCGGAGCAGGGACAUCGCUUCCCCGGCAUGUACGAGCAGGAGCGGGCGUACCGCGAGAGGGAGGCGCACGACUACUCCCACCACGAACACCUGCUGGAGGUGCGGCGCGAGCACGAGAGGAUGAGGCAGCAGGCGGAGGAGCGAGAGCGCCUCCACCUGCGGGAGGAGCUAGACCGAGCGCGGCUCCACCAGCUCCACCAGUCCCCGAUGGAGGGCCACCUGCCUCACAUGCCUCCGUUCAUGCCCCACCUCGGGGGCAUGCCUUACCCCAGACUCAGCCCCUCCACCGGGCACAACGGCCUUCUGAACAGAACACCCCCGACCGCCGCCCUCAGUGCCCCCCCGCCGCUGGUGCCGGCCGGCGGUGCCAGGCCGGCCUCCCCCAGGAGGACUACCCCCCUCACCACCACCCAGGACCCGCGGGACUACUCGCCGUCUCGCAACCCCAAAGAGGUGGAGGCGCGGUAAUCGGGAAUUGGAAAGAAAAAUGCACUCCUCUUCCCCUGAAGGGUAUGAUUGUACAAAGUGUCCGACGAAGCACACGCCAUGAAUAUUUUUAGCGGAGUUUGACUACGAGAACACUAGAAUGUGUCUGUUUAUAUCGCCCCCCCCCCCCCCCCUAAAUAUUUGAUAACUAUUAAUAUAUUCAUCAAAUAACUUUUUUCAGUACGGAGUGACGAAAGAGCAGGUUUGUACAUUUGCUAGCCUCCAUGUGAUGAUGUCAUUUCUAUGAAUUUGAUGUCAUUUGAGCAUUGGUCACAACACCACCCGCCCCCCCCCCCCCCUGUGGGCGGAGUCACCGUCACCUCGGACACCCGGUCAAAGACUGCACCCUCAAGUACAAACCCUGUUUCCAUAUGAGUUGGGAAAUUGUGUUAGAUGUAAAUAUAAACAGAAUACAAUGAUUUGCAAAUCCUUUUCAACCCAUAUUCAGUUGAAUAUGCUACAAAGACAACAUAUUUGAUGUUUAAACUCAUAAACUUUUUUUUUUUGCAUAUAAUAAUUAACUUAGAAUUUCAUGGCUGCAACACGUGCCAAAGUAGUUGGGAAAGGGCAUGUUCACCACUGUGUUACAUCACCUUUUCUUUUAACAACACUCAAUAAACGUUUGGGAACUGAGGAAACUAAUUGUCGAAGCUUUGAAAGUGGAAUUCUUUCCCAUUCUUGUUUUAUGUAGAGCUUCAGUCCUUCAACAGUCCGGGGUCUUGUUGUCGUAUUUUAAGCUUCAUAAUGCACCACACAUUUUCCAUGGGAGACAGGUCUGGACUGCGGGUGGAUCAGGAAAGUACCCGCACUCUUUUUUUACGAAGCCAUGCUGUUGUAACACGUGCUGAAUGUGGCUUGGCAUUGUCUUGCUGAAAUAAGCAGGGGUGUCCAUGAAAAAGACGCCGCUUGGAUGCCAGCAUAUGUUGUUCCAAAACCUGUAUGUACCUUUCAGCAUUAAUGGUGCCUUCACAGAUGUGUAAGUUACCCAUGCCUUGGGCACUAAUGCACCCCCAUACCAUCACACAUGCUGGCUUUUCAACUUUGCGUCGAUAACAGUCUGGAUGGUUCGCUUCCCCUUUGGUCCGGAUGACACCAUGUCGAAUAUUUCCAAAAACAAUUUGAAAUGUGGACUCGUCAGACCACAGAACACUUUUCCACUUUGCAUCAGUCCAUCUUAGAUGAUCUCGGGCCCAGAGAAGUCGGCGGCGUUUCUGGAUGUUGUUGAUAAAUGGCUUUCGCUUUGCAUAGUAGAGCUUUAACUUGCACUUACAGAUGUAGCGACCAACUGUAUUUAGUGACAGUGGUUUUCUGAAGUGUUCCUGAGCCCAUGUGGUGAUAUCCUUUUGAGAUUUAUGUCGGUUUUUGAUACAGUGCCGUCCGAGGGAUGGAAGGUCACGGUCAUUCAAUGUUGGUUUCCGGCCAUGCCGCUUACGUGGAGUGAUUUCUCCAGAUUCUCUGAACCUUUUGAUGAUAUUAUGGAGCGUAGAUGUUGAAAUCCCUAAAUUUCUUGCAAUUGCACUUUGAGAAACGUUGUUCUUAAACUGUUUGACUAUUUGCUCACACAGUUGUGGACAAAGGGGUGUACCUCGCGCCAUCCUUUCUUGUGAAAGACUGAGCAUUUUUUGGGGAAGCUGUUUUUAUACCCAAUCACGGCACCCACCUGUUCCCAAUUAGCCUGCACACCUGUGGGAUGUUCCAAAUAAAUGAUAAAUGGGUUGUACUUGUAUAGCGCUUUUCUACCUUCAAGGUACUCAAAGCGCUUUGACACUACUUCCACAUUCACCCAUUCACACACACAUUCACACACUGAUGGAGGGAGCUGCCAUGCAAGGCGCCAACCAGCACCCAUCAGGAGCAAGGGUGAAGUGUCUUGCUCAGGACACAACGGACGUGACGAGGUUGGUACUAGGUGGGAAUUGAACCAGGGACGCUCGGGUUGAGCACGGCCACUCUCCCCACUGCGCCACGCCGUCCCAAUAAGUGUUUGAUGAGCAUUCCUCAACUUUAUCAGUAUUUAUUGCCACCUUUCCCAACUUCUUUGUCACGUGUUGCUGGCAUCAAAUUCUAAAAUUAAUCAUUAUUUACACAAAAAAAGAUCAAAUAUGUUGUCUUUGUAGCAUAUUCAACUGAAUAUGGGUUGAAAAGGAUUUGCCAAUCAUUGUAUUCUGUUUAUAUUUACAUCUAACACAAUUUCCCAACUCAUAUGGAAACAGACUUUGUACUCGAACAUCGCUUUGCUACAUGUUUUGCCUCUGAGAUAUGCAGACGAGUACAUAUUACCAGGUCUUUGUUCAGUCUCUGUACAGAAAGCGGAUGUAAAUAACCUGUUGAUAGUCAUCGCUGCAGAAUGUGUACAUUUAUUAGGCUUUCUAAUCGUUUCUUAAAAAAAGGAACAAAACAAACAAAAACAACAACAUCUGUGUUGAAUACGAACAGCUGUGUGAAGACGGGAGCCCGGAAGGAUGAUCUGCAAUCUAUGCAAAGCAGCAAUGUCUCCUGGGUAAAGGCGUCACGACCACACGGCUCGGUACGCACACCUCGAUAUUCACCAGUGGAAGAACGGCAUCAUCCAGACUCCCAAGUCGUAAACUUGGACCCGGACAAGAGGGACGCUUCAAAAACUGACUUUUCUCUGUCAAACCUGUGGUUAUGUGCAGUCGUUUUUUUUUUUUUUGGUUUGUUUUUUUUUCUUAGACUCUUGUAUACAAAAGCAGUAGAGUUUUAGGCGUGCAAAAAAUAAAAAUGAUUCAUGGUUCAUCAUUCAUGGUUUAAAAAUGUACGGAAUAAAGUUUGGACCUAAUGUCACACA